AUGUCGCAAAUGGAGAGUGGAAAAAGAAAAAAUUCGCCGUUAUCAAAUGAACCAGAUGAAAAACGUCUCCGAACCACUGUCAACGGAGAUGUAGAAGAGCCGAAUCAGUUAUCCGAAUUCGAGCUGCUUCCUCUCGAAAUCAAACUUAUGCUUUUGCAGUAUGUUUUUGAUGGAGUAUCGACGCAUUCUGAGCAUGAGAGAUUUUGGGGCAUGAAACUCGUCAACAGGGAGUUCAACUCCAUUUUGAGCAGUGACUAUGCUAAAAGACACUUCCAAUUGUCUACUCCAUAUUUGAAAGGAACCGCGAAAUAUCCGUUACCAGUGCAACAAGACUGUACAUGUGGAAGGUGCUCCGACCUUAGUGAUGAGUGUUAUGUUCGAAUUAUUCAAAACGUUUUUUAUAAUUUUUUUAUGGGAUUUACGCGUUGA